UGUUUUCUGUUUACAAGCCUGAAGAUGGCUGCUGCUGCUUCCUGCAAUGUGGAAGAAGAUGAGAGCCUGAAGGGAUGUGAACUCUAUGUUCAGAAACACAACAUCCAACAGAUUUUAAAAGAAUGCAUUGUAAACCUCUGUAUAGCAAAGCCRGACCGACCCAUGAAGUUCCUCAGAGAGCACUUUGAGAAAUUAGAAAAGGAGGAAUGCAAGCAGAUCCUGGCUCGGCAGAAAUCCAGCUCUCAGUCRGAUUCUCACGAUGAUGAGAUUUCCCCUCCGCCCCCCAACCCGGUGGUGAAGGCACGGCGCAGGAGAGGAGGGGUCAGUGCAGAGGUGUACACCGAGGAGGAUGCAGUGUCCUACGUCAGGAAGGUUAUUCCAAAGGACUAUAAAACCAUGACUGCUCUGGCAAAGGCCAUCUCCAAGAACGUGCUCUUUGCUCAUCUUGACGACAAUGAACGAAGUGACAUAUUCGAUGCCAUGUUCCCCGUCACACACAUCGCAGGAGAAACAGUCAUACAGCAGGGUGAUGAGGGAGACAACUUCUACGUGAUUGACCAAGGAGAGGUGGAUGUUUAUGUCAACGGGGAGUGGGUGACCAGCAUUGGAGAGGGCGGCAGUUUUGGGGAGCUGGCGCUGAUCUACGGAACCCCCCGGGCUGCCACUGUCAAAGCCAAAACAGACCUGAAACUCUGGGGAAUCGACAGAGACAGCUACAGGCGCAUCCUGAUGGGCAGCACUCUGAGGAAGCGGAAGAUGUACGAAGAGUUCCUGAGCAAAGUCUCCAUUUUGGAGUCCCUGGACAAAUGGGAGCGGCUGACAGUGGCUGAUGCACUGGAACCUGUCCAGUUUGAAGACGGAGAAAAAAUUGUUGUGCAGGGAGAGCCCGGUGAUGACUUCUUCAUUAUUACAGAGGGCACRGCCUCCGUUCUGCAGCGCAGGUCCGACAACGAGGAGUACGUGGAAGUUGGAAGACUKGGUCCAUCAGAUUAUUUUGGUGAGAUAGCCUUGCUGCUGAACCGGCCCAGGGCAGCCACCGUGGUGGCACGUGGACCCCUCAAAUGUGUGAAGCUGGACCGGCCCCGCUUCGAACGAGUGCUCGGGCCCUGCUCCGAAAUCCUCAAGAGAAACAUCCAGAGAUACAACAGCUUCAUUUCGCUCACCGUCUAAAUGAUUCCUCUGGAAAGCUGCCUUCGUGUGACCUUGUGCACUUAAAAUUUGCUCUGUGCAGCUCCAUGGCUUUAUGAAGAAAAAAAAAUAAGAAGUGUGCAUUUUAUGUGUAUUUUUUUUUUUUUUCUGUUUAUGUCACGUAGUGGAUGUCAGCUCAAAUCUCAUGUAUCAUGGAAGUGGGAGGAUAACUGUUUGGAUAAGACUAGCUUUGGGGAAGAUUGGGGCUCUUUUGGGCUCAUGGCUUGCAGACAAGAUUUUUACCUAUUGUUGAUUCAUAURGCUUAAAACUGUGGGUUCAACUAUUUAAAAUAUGAAUUUCUCUUUUCUUUAUUAUCUUUAAAGCUGGUCUUAUUCACCUUUUGUCAAGGUUCUUUGAUCAAGUGAUGUGAAAGGUGUCCCUGCCCAUGGCAGGGGGUUGGAACUCGAUGGCYUUUCAGUUCCCUYCCAACCCAAACCAGUCUGUGAUUCUGUGCCAUCUCUCUGCCUGUCACUUCUGAAAGAUUUUUCACUGGUUAUGGACUGGGGGGGUUCUAAAAUCCCAUGGGAUGGGUGGCAGUCUCAUUUGUGAGAUGCAGUUUAAGGGGAAAGGUUGGAGGAUGGUUUUGAUCAUUCCAGCAAGCCAGGGUAAAAUAAAGCUUUUGAGUGRUUUUGUUUGUGGCUUAGAUAUAGGGGCCAUAUUCCUCCAUGUCACAAACYUUUUUGGGUCUGCUUUGUAGGAUAUGCUCAGGCAAACAGCCUGCUCCAGUCUUCUGGAGGUCAAGGGACAAUGUUUUGUAAGAAUUCAAACGGAGCCUUUAGGACCUAAGUUAUUUGUCCUCAGCUUUUUUAAAAUGAGGGUUUACAUUAGAGUCCUUAGAAGUCCAGUGAGGGCUUCUCUGCUGAAUUGGGCUUCAAAGCUCAGCAGAGUGUCCUCAGCCACUUCUCUGAACAUUAUAUGAAAUGCUGAAGAGAUGGUGCCAGGUGCACCUCAGGGACAAAUACAGCAGCUUGCUUUUAAUAAGGUCCACUUAAUUAAAUUCAAAUGCCUUUCUUCUAGGAUAUGAUGAAAUUUUAGAAUUUUUAAAAUUUUUCUGAUAGCCAAUUGAGUGCUAUAAAAUGCUGCUUCUCCUCCAAAAGACAAGUGUUUUGUAGCAAAGAGCACCAGGAUCCUGAGCCCAGGUUCCUCCAGGGGCCUCACAGCCUUGCUGGCAGUCCUUGCUGCCCUGCCUAGACRUGGGGCUCCUCCUGAAAGGGAGCUUUUUGCAGCUCCCUCCAUGCUUUGCAAAGCUUUACCUUUGCAGGUAAACUUCUUGUUGCCAGCAGCACUAAAGCUCUGCAUCCCAGCCACCCUAAACAGCACUGCCUGCCCCUUCAGUUGGGGCAAAACUCCAUUUCUUCUUUGCAACAACAUUCUUCUGAGUAAAUACAAACUUUCUGUACCUUUGACAUGCCAAAGGUUAUGCAGUGAAACAUGGCAGCAAUCUCCCUUUUGAAACUAGAGGUGUAGCUGACCUUGGCUAAAYUGCUAAAAUGACUCCUACUGACACAUAAUAUGCUUUCUUCUCUGGAAUAAAAAAAUAUUGAUUGGAUACUUUCCUGUUGACUCCCACCACGGGCCCAAUAUUCCAGUAGCUGCCUGCAGUGGUUCUCACAGAGCUAAAAAGCUUCUCAGCUUCACGCUCCUCUCAUCACUUAAAGGUGCUUAAUUUAUUUUCAGCAAAAUUUCAGUGGUCCUGUUAGUGUAUAUUUGUUGCUGCUAUUUAUUAUGAUUAUGUUMUGCUUCUUGCACGUGUUAUGAAAUAUGACCAUUCACAGUUUCCAGCCUUGWGAUUUUUAUCACCUACAUUUAUAUAGGCAGACCCCCAUUCUAUAUAGAUAACUCAAUGUAUAUGUGUUUGGUUAUUUGCUGCACUGGUUUUGCAUUCUCUUGUGCAAUUUUUAAAAGAAAUAUUUUUUAAAGGUUACCAGUCACUUAAGUAUGUUAUUUUACCUGUUGCAUUUCUGUUGUGUUGGUAAAAAAUUUGUGAGUGUUUCGCAUAAUAUGCAGGACACAUCUCUUGUCAAACUGGCUUCACUGUUUAAAAGUUACUYGAGCACACAGACACACUGCAGAUUCUUUGCUUUAAACCUUUACAGCUCAUGGAAAAUACAUUUGAAUUAUGGUUCUGUUAUAAGCAAUCUCGAGAGAAAUGUAACUGUCUAACACCAGGAUUCCUGUGCUUUAAGUGGAACAAAAUUAUAUUCGGUGACAUUUUGAAGAGAAUUGUGAUAUUUGCAGUGGAUGAUGGGACAGGAUUACGGUAUGAAUAAAAUUCUUC